AUGGCCGAGCUGGCACUGGCUAUCGUUCCUCUGGGAAUAACAGUUACAUCUGGUCUCGUCAAGUAUUUGAAAGCCUUCAACGAUCACGAUGACGACCGUACUCGAGUUGUGCGUCAGGCUGAACGCUUGUCCAGCACGUUUCAAUCACUUGAAGCCGCUUUAAACCGAUCUCAGCUUGACCCAGAACUUUCUGUCUCGGCAUCGCAGGCUUCUGGUUGUCUCAACGAUUGCCAAAAAGCAUUGGAAGAACUGGACAUCCUUCAACAGAAAGUCUUUGCCACCGCUACCAGCAUCGUCGCGGCGACUUCCCCCGCGCGAACAAAGGACAAGAUAAAAGAUGGGUACAGGAAGCUCAUAUAUCCGCUGCGAAAAUCCGACAUCGAAAGUCUGGAAGGAGCUUUGGAUAGGCUUUCAACAACGCUUAGCUUAGCUUCAGAAAUGCUUCAUAUAGAUGAAGAAGUCUUGACAAGAAAGAUUUUGAAUGAGCAAAUGGCCGAGAUUCAGAAGAACACUAUUGUCAACUCGAAUACAGCUACCGCUAUCAAAGAACUACACCAACCUAUCACGAAGAUCGAUUUGGCCGUCCCCGUUCUCCAGACAUCUGUUGAUUCUAUUGUUCCCCAUCUCGACAAGAGGUUUGAUCAGAUUUCCUACCAGAUCUCUUACCAGCAUGUCCAGAUGCAAGCUCAACUCAAGGCACUUCUUGAUAUGACUGGACCUGCAAGAUAUGAGGAUAACCUCCAAGCAAACAGAGAGUUUUCAUACAAUCAGUCCACCGAACAAAGCAGCCAUCUAGCGACCUACGAACCGGAACUGCUUACACUUACCAAAAGAACUGAAUCUCUGUCUAUGUGCUCCUGCAAGCGUCGAAGUGUGCGUCAGAGAAAAAGGUUUGCGCUUGGACCCGUGCAUUUCGCCCAAGAGAUGUUAUCCAAUAUCUGGCACGAGAAAGACUGCGUGUUCUUUAACCUGCCAUCAGGCUACGAAAAAACACGAACCAUUCGUUUCACCGGCCUGGCUUCUUUGCUGAAAAGGGGUAUUGAAGUGUCAUUCUCUACUCGCGUUCGGGCCGGGAAAUCCAGUAUCAGUCCCUCCUUUACCUACUUUCCAGUGGUUGAUGAGAGCGUUGCGCCGGCAUUCUUAGUCAUGGAUCUUCUUAAUGAUGCAAGCGUACUCGUGGACAAUAAUGAGACAAGAUGUCAAAUAAUUCUUAGCACAGCGCAGCGAAAGCUUCAAGAAUUGUUUUGCUCAGGAAGAGCGAGUCCCAAUGACGUAACCGAAUACGGCGAUACCCUACUUCAUGCCCUAGCAAAGUCGGUAUGGGACUCGAUUACAAGUCCGGAAAAAGCAAAUGCCCCGUUCGUGCGUUUGACUUGUGAAGGCUUGGUCAAUCUUCUUAUUGCCGCAGGUACAUCUGUCACGGCUCGUGACAUUCGCGGAAACUUAGCAUUGAUUGAAUUUGUCAAUGGAACCUUUGUUCCUGCCUCAAUCUAUGGCCCGCUCAUUGCUGAGAACGACGUGGAAGCUUUCCCCCCCUUUCCAUUGUUAUUUUCAUUCUCUAGUCUUGAAUUCUUGAAGUAUCACGAGCAUAACCCAAAAGUGGCAGAGCUUCAAUAUGGUCCCUUGAGCUUAGCAGUCAUUCGAAACAAUCUACCAGAAGUGGAGCGACUCAUCUCCCUACAUCCGCAAAUGCUCGAAGAGUUAAGUAGCUACAGGGAGACGCCCUUACAUGUAGCCAUAUACAGGCCCGAAAUCUUGGAAGCACUGACCAAGAAAGUGAAUCCCGAAGUUUGGAUUCAACUGGACUCUCUGAGGGCAACUGUUCUUAACCAUGCAAUGCAAGUCAGUCGUGAGAUUUGUAACCCAAGAGAGGCUUUGGAUGAUUCAUGUUGCCCUUGCACAUUACCGCUUCGGAUUAUCUUAGCCUCUGGAUGUCCUAUUAUACCUCACCGCGAUUUCCAUUCUUAUCGUGAUCACUUUUUCGAAGCUUCUCCUCACUGCAAAACACUUCUGGCAAAGGAGUUGUGGAUUCGUCGUCAGCAGCUGCGGGACUUAGCCCUGAACAAACUUUCAAUCACAGAGUUGAGAAACUUUACAUCUCUGGACGAAGUACCUGACUUUGACGCCAUCGGGAUGGAUAUGUUACUCCGACGAAAAGGGAUCCUUGGUCUGGGACCUUUGUCGACUUUCGUGGAUCUGCCUCAACGGCCGGGACAAGAUGUUACGUACUGUUUUAGGUCAAUAUUCUUCGACCUAACAACCCCAGAAGAUGCAAAUCUCUUCCUUGACUCCGGCUUCAAGGUCAUCUCCACUGAUCAAAAGUAUACCUCUUCACCGGACAUAACAUUCUAUGACCAUAAUAUCGCAUGGCAUCGUGUCAUUUCACUCGAGUAUGCAAUAUGGCUAUUUGAGCACCAGGCCCCGUUAUGGAGAUGGACUUAUAGGUUCACUAGCCCGAUGCCUUCUGCGUUUGUUCUUGCCGACAUUCUUGGUGUUGAAGACUACAAAUGUGCGGGCCAGGACAACAUAAGUGAUAGGGCAGAAUAUCACCUGUUCGAAUCUGUUUUGGUCGACAAAUGCUGUUGUCUGUGCUCACCCGAUGGCUGUACCCCCUUUACCUUGAGAAUGAAGUGGCUCGCUCAUCCCCACCGGCAGGUUGAAGAGCUAAUACCUCAGGAAUAUGCCACACAAUUCGGUUCUUAUGCGCGAAUAUAUGGCAGAAGCCUGGGCCUGAGCCAUCACGUUAUCAUGGUGCGUCAAGCAACAUUUGCCGCGCUAGAUUUCAGGCAUACCUGUUUGGAUAGACCUGCGUAUUGUCAUUACCCGAGUCAUUCUAAUUGGAAGCGUUGGCUGGAUCCAGUGACGGAACUAGAACCAGACGAGAUGGAGUUCGAGACUCUCAAUGUAAAUGGAGAGGCAUGGAAUCAGUUGGAGGAGGUGGUCGCCAUGUUUCAGGACUUUGUGCUAACCGGCUGCCAAACGACUAUCUCAAGCAAGAGUGACACUAUUGAUAUCGAUUAUUCAGCAUUUAGUGAUCCAGUCACUCUUGGCAUAGACGACCUCUACUACCAGCGCAUUUUAGAAUUUUGGCACAACAUUUGGGUACGUAGGAUUCAGAUUGCUCUGGAUACUGUUGCCAAAAGUUGGGAGAACAAGCUUGAUGGGCAGCAUGAUCCUGUCCAAAUUUUGACUUGUGAGGAGGCAAGUGAAGACACAGAAAGCAGUGAGGAAAGUGAUGACGAUGCUGUUUUCAACAGAAUUAUUCAGCUGAUCCAGGAUAUCUAA